UGUAUCCACGCUGGAGUAGGACCAGGCUACUCAAGAUUAAAGUAAAGCUAAUAAUUAUAUCGAAAAAAGAAAAUGGAUUCCCGUGGGAUUAAACGCUAUUUGUCUUUGUUUGUAUUUAUUAACCAUGUAUUUAUUAGUCUCCAAACUAAAGAAGAAGUCUUACUGGACAUGAAGGCCUCUGGGAGUGAGCUGGGGUGGUUGACCUGGCCUUACGAGGAAGGGUGGGAGAUUGUCCAGACGGUGGUGAACGGCUCCCUGCUGUACACUUACUCCGUGUGCAAUGUAGCGGAGGGCGAGCAGGACAACUGGGUGCGUACCACCUUCAUCCAGCGCCGGCCGGCCGCCACCCGCGUCUUCGUGGAGCUCCACUUUGUGGCGCGCGACUGCAACUCCUUCGACGGCGCCUCGCUCUCCUGCAAGGAGACCUUCAACCUGUACUACGCCGAGUCCGACGCCGACGUGGGCACCAGCUUCCGCAAGGGCCAGUUCCGCAAGGUGGCCACCAUCGCGCCCGACGAGAUCACGGGCCGCGGCGAGCUCAACGUCAACGUGGAGACGCGGGCGGUGGGGCCGCUCUCGCGCAAGGGCUUCUACCUGGCCUUCCAGGACAUCGGCGCCUGCGUGGCGCUGCUCUCCGUCAGGGUCUACUACAAGACCUGCCCCGCGACAGUGCGCGGACUGGCCUCCUUCCCUGAGACAGUCGCCGGCGGCGGCGACAGCCAGCCGCUGCAGGAGGUGGGCGGGGCCUGCGUGCAGAAUGCCGUCAGCCAGGAACCGCCGCGCAUCUACUGCUCCGCCGAAGGGGAGUGGGCGGUGCAGGUGGGGGAGUGCCAGUGCCGCCCGGGCUACGAGGCUGUCGGCGAUUCCUGCCGAGUGUGUCCGCCUGGGUACUUCAAGGCGUCUGUGUCCAGCAAGCUGUGUGAACCGUGCCCGAAGAACACCAAGGCGUCAUCCUCCGCUGCCCUCUCCUGCCCCUGCCGGGAGGGGUUCUACCGUGCCCCCACCGAUGACCAUACAGUGGCGUGCUCCGCCCCGCCCUCCGCCCCACUGGACCUGACCGCCGCCACGAUGACGGGGGCGGGCAAGCUGGAGCUGUCGUGGAGCCCGCCGGCGGACACGGGCGGCCGCGACGACGUGGAGUACGCCGUGCUGUGCGAGCGUUGUGAGUCGGGGGCCUGUCUGCCCUGUGGGGAGAGGGUGCGGUUCGAACCGGCCCCCACUGGACUGCGCGACACCUGGGUCACCGUCAGCGAGCUGGAGCCCCACCUCAACUACACCUUCACGGUGGAGGCGCGCAACGGGGUGUCCGGGCUCAGCGGCCGGCGGCCUGCCAGCGUCACCCUCACCACCGCCCUGCAGUACACAGAUCCCCCCAAGGUGACGUCGAUGCGCCUGGACGAGAGAGGCGUCAACAGCCUCUCGCUUUCCUGGGCGGUGUCCCGGAGGGCGCUGCCGCACCACAACCACCGCUACGAGCUCAUGUACCGCAAGAAGGAGAACGACAGCGACAAGGAUGUCACCACGUACACGGUCCUGGUCCUGGAGAAAAGCUCGGUCCACAUCAGCGACCUCUCGCCAGGGACCAUCUACGUGUUCCGAGUGCAGGCGCUGAGUCCAGAGGGGAACCCGGGCAGCUACAGCAUGGAGCACGAGUUCGAGACACUGCCUGAGUUGGAGGCGCAGGUCCAGACCAACACGCCCAUCAUCAUGGGGGCCGUGGUGGGGGGAGGAGUCAUGCUGAUCAUCGUCGCCGUGAUCCUGCUGCUCCACAGACGGAGAAGGAACCCUCACGCCAGGCAAGGCCCAGAGGACACCUAUUUCUCCAGUGCAGAGCAACUGAAGCCCCUGAAGACCUACGUUGACCCCCACACGUAUGAGGACCCCAACAUGGCCAUCCUCAAAUUUGCCAGCGAGAUCCACCCCAGCCACGUCGCCAAGCAGAAGGUCAUCGGGGCUGGCGAGUUCGGGGAGGUGUACCGCGGCGUGCUGAAGGUGCCGGGCCGCAAGGAGGUGGCGGUGGCCGUCAAGACGCUGAAGCCCGGCUACACAGAGAAGCAGAGGCAGGACUUCCUGAGCGAGGCCAGCAUCAUGGGCCAGUUCUCCCACCAGAACAUCAUCCGCCUGGAGGGAGUCGUCACCAAGUUUAAAAAUGCCAUGAUCAUCACAGAGUACAUGGAGAAUGGGGCCCUGGACAGCUACUUACGGGAUCGCGAUGGGGAGAUGAGCUCCUACCAGCUGGUGGGCAUGCUGAGGGGCAUUGCGGCGGGCAUGAAGUACCUCUCGGACAUGAACUACGUCCACCGUGACCUGGCCGCCCGAAACAUCCUGGUCAACAGCAACCUGGAGUGCAAGGUGUCCGACUUCGGCCUGUCCCGUGUGCUGGAGGACGACCCUGAGGGAACCUACACCACCAGCGGAGGCAAGAUCCCCAUCCGCUGGACGGCCCCUGAGGCCAUCGCCUACAGGAAGUUCACCUCGGCCAGCGACGUCUGGAGCUUCGGCAUCGUCAUGUGGGAGGUCAUGGCCUUCGGAGAGCGGCCCUACUGGGACAUGAGCAACCACGAGGUGAUGAAGGCCAUCAAUGAGGCGUUCCGGCUGCCAGCCCCCAUGGACUGCCCGUCGGCCGUGUACCAGCUGAUGCUGCAGUGCUGGCUGCAGGACCGCUCCAAGCGGCCGCGCUUCACUGACAUCGUCAGCCUGCUGGACAAGCUGCUCCGGAGCCCCGAGUCCCUCAAGACCAUCGCCGACUUCGACCCCCGCGUGUCCAUCCGCCUGCCCAGCACCAGCGGGUGCGACGGCUCCCCCUUCAGGUCGGUGUCGGAGUGGCUGGAGUCCAUCAAGAUGAGCCAGUACAGCGAGCACUUCGCCCUCGCCGGCAUCACCAGCAUGGAGCAGGUGCUGCAGAUGAAGAACGAGGACAUCCGGAACAUUGGGGUGCGGCUACCAGGCCACAUGAAGAGAAUUGCCUACAGCAUCCUGGGCCUGAAAGACCAGACCAGCACACUCAGCGUUUUUGCCGUGUGACCCAAAACCCACUGGACCUCCAGAACCAAGCUCUCGCACUGAAUCGGGCUGACCGGAUGGACUGCAAGCUGGACUGAGGUGGACCGGGGGCCUGUCGAGGUUCGCUCUCAUCCAGCCAAAAGAGGGGGAAAAAAAGAACAACAAAAACUCUGACCGCAGCCUCGCGGAGGGGGCCCCACCCACCAACCAGAAUGGACUCUGAUCUCAUUGGAGACUUCUAGCUGACUCACUGUACUUAUCCAAUAGCGAAGAGGAGAUUUUAAACAGCUGAAAAAGGGAGAAAAAAGCUUUAUAUAUCAGACUUUUUAUAUGUAACUGACUAUAUUUGCUAUAUGUACCUUUUUGUAGCGGUUGUACAGUUUCGCAAGACGUUUUUUAAGUUUGUAUUUUUAAGACUGAUGUUUAGCAUGGGCUUGAUUUGCCGAAUGCCAAGUAAAAAGAAAAAAAAAAAAAGAAAAAAAUCUGAAA